UCCCCGAACCCUCAAAUCCCGACUCCGACCUCUCUCGCGAGUGCAGAAGACGGCGCACGAUCAGCAGGAUUCAGCGUUCCGCUACAUCGUUCAAUGAACACCUCUCGGUAGUAGCCGCGCAGCGUUCUGCUCGCAGCGUUCCAUUUCUCGCCGUCCGUAGCCUCUCUAGACUCCACCCCCCUACGGCGUCUGCUUGUAGGCGCCUAAAAAAUCGCCUCGUUUGGAUUCUAUCUCCAUACGGAGUCUGCGAGCCAUCAUUAGGCAGUACCGCAAGAGCUGCGACUAGGUCAGCAGUUACAGCAGCAUCCGCUACAACAGCACCCGUUACAACAACAUUUGUUAUAAGCUGCCAGCAGCAGCAUGUCUCUAGCGCUACGCCACGUGCCAUGGGCGUCCUGGGAGGAGUGGGAUGCGGUGAGGGAGAGCCUGCUGGGUCCCGCCGCUACUCGCGACUCUAUCAGCUUCGGCAUCGACCGGGUGGCAGCGUGGCAGAUCAGGGGGCGAGUUCCAGCCUCUGUGGACGUGACAGCUGGCAUGCUCGCCGCGCAGCUGCAGGAUCCCGAGCUUUGGCCUCCCCACAUGGUUCCUCCUCUCCCCCCAUUUGUGCUCCGCCAAUCAUACGCUGCCGUCAUCAUCAGGUUUGUGAGUGGUCUGUGUGACAACCGCAAUCCAGCGCUGGGUCGGUCUGUGGUGCGGGUGGCAGCUCAUGUGGGCAUUCCGAGGCUGUUGGUAGACGUCAGACAUUCCUUGGCCCACAAUCGCCUCCUGCAGCUGCCUGUGCUGCGACUUGCAAUCAGUCAGGCUCUAGGCUGGCUCGUGAGCAACUACUGGAGCCGGCAGGCAGCAAUGCUGGCAGCAGCCAACGAGGACGCAGAGGGGAAAUUCUCCAACUUCAGGCGGCUCAAAGCCACCAUCGUUGCCAGGGCUAAUGCUAAUAGUAGGCGCCAUUUCCCUGGCCGUCCGACCACCGGCCCCAAACCUGCUGGCGGUGCUGCUAGCGGUGCUGCUGGUGGUGGCGGUGGUGCUGGCGCUGGCGCUGCUGCUGAUGAUGAUUCUGCUGCGACCGCCGCCGCUGCCGCUGCUGCUGCUGCUGCUGCUGCUGCUGAGUCUGUCGCUGCGGCUGCAGCUGCUACUUUGGCCUUCUCUGCUGCUUCUGAGCCCGACGAUUCGAUCCUGGUCGGGAAGCACCUGCAGCACCCAGCGAGGCAGAGAAAGGCUCAGCUGAGGGAAUUGAAGCGGUGUGCUGAGAGGUCUAUGGGCGAUUUCGCUGCUCUGCUGCUGAGGCAGCUAAGAAGAGUUGUUGCUGCUGCUUAUAACGCGGAUAUAGGCAAUCCGGGUGAGGUGGAGGAAGAGGGGGAGAGGGGAGAGGAGAGAGGCGGGGUGAAAAGGGCAGCAAAAAAAGUUCUGAUGGUGAAAAAGCCAGCAGGGGCGGGCCUGGAGGAUGGGGAGGGUGAAGAUGAGGAAGUGGAGGAGGAAGAGGAGGAGGAGGAAGGGGAAGGGAAAGGGAAAGGGGGGAAGGAAGGUCAAGGGCAAGAGGCUAGGAUGGAGUGGGACGGUCAAGAGGAGGAGGGUACUGGUAGAGAACGGCUUGGGAAUGGUGAGGAGGAGAAAGAGGAAGAAGAAAAGGAGGAGGAAGUGGAAGGGGAAGACGGGAAGGAGGAGGAGCAAGAGGAGGAGGAGCAAGAGGAAGGGGAGGACCUAGAGGAAUGGGAUGAAGACGAAGAGGAGGAGGAGGAAGAAGAAGUAGAAGAGGAAGAGGAUGAUGAUAUGUGCUUUGACAACAACAAUACUAAUAACAGCAAUGCAUCCUCUCAAGACGCGCCAGCACAGGGCAAGUGGUUCCCCCUGCGUCUCUUAGCCCGCUCUGCCACCCGCUGCCUGCAGGCCCUGCCCUCCUGCCCGCUCUUGCCACACGCCCUUGCUGACGUGGCACUUGCUCUUGCUGACCGGAUGAUCUCUAGGGAAGGGGAGGAGGGGGAGGAGGAGGGAGAGGGAGAGAGGAGGGGGGGGAAGAGGGGAGGGGGAGGUGAGGGGGUUAGGGGCAGGGUGUCUGGUUCUGGGGUGGAGAGUGGCAGGAGCACAGGGGGCGGCAGGAGCAAGGCGAGAGGGGCGGCGAUGAGUUGGCGCAUUCGGCAGCUAGUGAGGCACGGGCUGCUGGAGUGGUGUGCGGAAAAAGGGGCAGCGGUUCUCGUUGAUUCUGCUGGUAACCCUGCUGUUGCGCAUGGUGUAACACCUGGUGUGGUAACAACACCUGAGGCCUUCCCUCCUUCCUGGCUGGCUUACUCCCAGCGGUUGCGAGAGACUCUGCUAUUGAACAGUGAUGUGCUGAUGAGGAGCAGUGGACAGGAUGGGGGUUUGCAGGCGAUCAGUGCUCUCGGGGGGGGAUUGCUGAUGGAUAGUGCGCAGGAAAAUGGGGCCGGAGGAUGGGCUAUGUGUGAUGUGGGUAUGGGUGCGUUUGGUAUGGGGUUAAGUCAGGGGAUCCAGGGUGUGAAGAGGCAAAGUGAAGGGCUGGAGAAGCAGCGAGGAGGAGGAAAAGGAGGAGGAGAGGGGGAGUGUGAAGAGGAGGGGGUUGAAGUGGAGGAAGUGGAAGGGACAGAUUUCGAGGAAGGAACGGAGAAGCUUCUGAGGGAGAUGGAGAGGGACCUACGAACUAUCGAACAGGUGGUUCGAGCGAGUAGUAAUAGGGGGACCGGCGGGACAGCUGUUUUGAGGAAGGGAAGGGCAGACACAAAAUUGGACAAGGGGAAUGGUAAAAGAAGAAGAAAUGAAGGAAGAGGGAAGGUGGAUGCGGCAGCAGGGAAGAGGAAAGGAGAGAAACAAGGGACAGGGACAGGGGAGGGGAGGAAGAGGAGAAGAGCGGGUAGAGAGGAGGGACUCUUUGUGAGACAGGAGGGACUCGUUGGUAGAAAGAGGUGGAGGGUGGCUGCUAACUGGGUGCCCUGUGCUGUGGGCACCAUGCCGUCCCUAGCUGCCAGCUCCGGCGUUCUGCCGAACCUGGAGCCACCUGCUGAGGCUGCGAGGAGGUCCGGCGCGGGCUCGGGUUGGGCGUUUGGCCCGGAUGGUGGUUCGGGGGGUCCGACCCUGAACGAACGAGGCCGGGAGGAGGAGGGGACUGGUGGACGGGGAGUGGGGGGAGAAGGGAAGGGUGGGGCGGAUGGGGAGGAUAUGGAGAAUGGCGGGGCUAGAGGGAAAGGGGGAGAUGUGGAAAGUAAGGGGGCCAGAGGGAAUGAUGAGGAGCUUGGUGGAGGUGGCGAGGGAGGAGAGGGAGGAGGCAGGGAGAUUGGAGCAGGGAGUGGUGGCUAUGGUUGGGUUGGGGGGGGCAGUCCAGGAAUGCGCAUGGAGGAGGGUGCACGUGUUGGCAUGAACACGCCCUUGGUGGGAUCAGCAGCACCGAUGGCGGAAGCAGCUGGGCUUGCAGGGGCUGUGGGAGCAAGCGGGGCGGAACCAGUGGCAGCGGGAGCUGCAGAGGGAGGUCAGGGGCCUUUUACUCCUUCAGGAUAUGACUGGGCAGCUUUGAAACAUUCAAUUGCCCUAAUUUGACUUGCGCCUUGCAGCAAAUACUUGAUGCUGGAAUGGACAGUCAUUUCUAGCCUGUACUUGGCUGUUGCACAAAAUCUCGGAUUUGCAUCUUUCGCAACCCAACUUCAUCAUGUGGGAAGCAAACCCUGAACACUAGUACGA